CUUUCUCUUUUCUAAUUAUGCUGUAAAAGUGUUCAUUGUAGUUCACAGAGUGAAUAUUCGUUGCUGAAGGAUUAAUUAAUGGCAGCAAGAGACGAGAAGAAGGAUGGUGGGGCUAUAACGGGUGUAUACAAAGUUAACCUUCACUGCCCACAAUGCGCACGCAAGAUCAGAAGGCCUCUUUUGAGAACCCAAGGAGUUCAAAGUGUGGAUGUUGAUUUUGAGAAAAGCGAGUUUAAGGUUAGGGGCAUGAUCGAUGUGAUUAAAAUUCAUAAGUUAAUUGAAAAAAAAAGUAAGAAAAAGGUGGAAUUGAUAUCACCCCAAAUAAAAUCCAAGGAGAAAGAGGGUGCUGACACUGAUCAGAAGAAACCCAAGGAAACAAAAGAGCCUACUAUACGCUCUAUAUCCGUGAAGGUUCAUAUGCACUGCGACAAAUGUGAGUUUGAUCUGCGGAAAAAAUUACUCAAGCACAAAGGUAUUCACACGGUUAAAAGUGAUAUAAAAGCUCAAACUUUGACAGUCCAGGGAAGUAUUGAGUCUGAUAAACUUGUAUCAUACUUGCGGAAGAAGGUGCACAAAUAUGCAGAGAUCAUUCCUCCAAAACCGGAGAAAAAAGAGGAAAAGAAAGAAAAGGAAAAAGUUGAAGUCAAAUCCACAGAGUCAACCAAAAUUGUCGAAUUUAAACAAGAGGAAAAGGUGGAGGUUAAGAGCAAGGAGAGCAGUGCUCCAUAUUUUAUACACCAUGUUUACGCCCCCCAGUUAUUUAGUGAUGAAAAUCCAAAUGCUUGUUCUAUCAUGUAGAAAUAAAUUUAUAUAUAGUGCUCUCAGGGACAGUACAAGGGGUUUAAAACUGUAAAUGUCCCUUCAUUUGAUAACAUAUGCAUAUUUAACUCGUCUGUUGCAAAUACAUACAAUAUAUGGUUUUGCUUGUUUAUUC